AUGAUUAUAGCCGACGCCUUCAUCACCAGCAGGUCCUCGCUGAGUAUGUCAAUGGCCCUCAUUGGAAAUCAGUCGAUCGUGAUCAUGCCCAACUGCUACGAGCGAACCUCUCUUCCGCACUGGACCCGAGCCGCGUGCGAUGAGAAGUGA